AUGAAAAGAAAAACUCUGAUUGUAACUGCCAAGCAUUUAACUUCAGCUUGUAAUGUCAUCAGACAUGGAACUUCUGUUGGUGUUGUAAGUAGUAGUACAUUGGAAUUAGUUGGAAUUUUUAUUGGCCAAGUAGUAUUUUGUGAUAAAGCAAAAAGGGAUUUAAUUUAUUCACGACUUAAAGCCACACCAUUAUUUUCUGAGCCAUCCUUGGAUGAGUAUCAACCUUCUGGAGAAAUAGCAUCUGUUGAAAACUCUCCUCGGUCUUCCAAGAAAUCUCCUACAAAAGUAGUAACACCUAGGAGAAAUGAAAGUUCAGUUCGUCAAAAAACUAAAGGUUCUGGAACACCAAAAACAGGAACUCCUUCAUCUCAACGAAAGUGCUCUGCGAAAAUAGAAAAUACUGCUGAAAAUAAGAGUUCUGCUCGCUUAAAACUAAAACAAGAGCUUGCAAACCUUAAAAUUGCACAAGUGGAUUCUGAUCCUGAAGACAGUGAUGAAUUAUCUGAUUAUGAGGAUGUUGCUUCUAAUGGUGAAACAACAGAUGAUGAAAACCUGUCAAACAAUGAUGUAAUCAAUAAGGAAAAUGGAGAGUUGAGUAAGCGUAGAAAAGAGAAACUUUGCAAUCUCAGUUUCCCUGAAACUUAUUUUUCUGCUCAAAGACAAAAGAAGUCUGUGACCUCAAAUAGAACAUUAUCUAAUUUAAAGGUAAAAACAACUAAUAUUGAGGAAUUGCAAGAAAUUCUAAGUAGGGCCUCAGAGAACCACAUAAAACAUAAGGAGCUUCUACUCAAGCAUUAUAAAUCUCAAUUUAGAAAGUGGUUGCUUCUGUUAAAGAAAGGUUUUAACAUAUUGCUCUAUGGAAUUGGGUCAAAACAAAAAGUAUUGAAUGAAUUCUGCAAAGAUUGUUUAGAUGAUUCCAUAUAUGUUGUUAUCCAAGGUUUUUUCCCUACCAUAAACAUCAAGCAGAUUUUAAAUACAAUAACUGAAGAAGCCUUAGAAUAUCAGGGAAAAUUUUCUAAUGUCAAUGAACAAGUGCAGUACUUAAAAAAGCGCUUCUCUAAAG